UAAUUUAUAAAAUAAAAACUCAUUCAAAUAUAAAAACCCUCUAUUUUGUGUCAAAUUUCAGUUUCUCUCCCAUAUAAAACACAUACCAUUAAUAAAACCCAGUCAAACAAAAGUAAACACAAAAUUUGAACAAAAUAGAAAAUAUUACUACAAAUAUCGAAGAUCAUACCUUAAUCGAACACUUGAAGUAAAAUUGGUUUCAUUCGUGUAAAGCUUGAUGGGUAGGGUUUUCUUUCUUGAUUUGGAAGGAAGAGCUUACCGAUGCAUAUUCUGUCAAACCCCUUUUGCCCUUGCCGAUCAUGUUCUCUCUCGGUCAUUCAGCUGUAGUCGAGGGAGGGCAUACCUUUUCAGCAAAGUGGUGAAUGUUACACUUGGGACUCAAGUAGAGAGAUUGAUGAUAUCUGGAAUGCAUACAGUUGAAGACAUAUUUUGUUGCUGCUGUGGACAAAUUGUUGGAUGGAAAUAUAUUAUAGCACAUGAGAAAAGUGAAGCAUAUAAAGAAGGGAAAUUUGUGCUCGAGAGAUGGAGGAUAGUUGAUGACGUUGAAGAGGAAUUAAGUUUGGAUGCUAAUGCUAGUUCAAGCGAAUCAGACGAAAACCCUUAGCAAGUUGCUCCUCCUUUCAUGAAUUCAAGAAUUGUAGCUAAGCUAGAAAAUAUAUCAUAUCUUUAGUUUUUUAGUAUUCAUUAACAUAGAAUUUCACAAAGAAACUCUCUAGUUGGAGAAGUUUAUUACUUGAUUUCAGCAUUUAUAAAUCUUUUCAUAUGGAACUCAAAGUUGCUAUUUCUUUAUAGAGGGCAAGGCGUGCCUGCGCAAACAUCCUGCAACUCUUGCAGGUUGAUAGAGUAAUAAAAGUUUUUUUGUACUUGUUCUCAAUAUAUCUAAUAUAUGUGGAAAGUUAGGUUACUGUUCCAGCAA